AUGCGUGCGACAAGGAAAAAAUCGCUCGUCGUCAACCUUGCUGUUUUUUUUUUGAAGCACAUUGCUCUUAGUUUUGUUAGGCCCUACAGCACAUCGGUGUGGAAACGAAACGAACGUGAGCGCUAUCGAGUUCGAUGUGUGAACAAUGGUUACGAGACGUUGCGGAAACAUUUGCCCGUAUCCGAUGUGGAGAAACGUAUUUCAAAAGUCGACACCUUGCGACUGGCUAUUCGCUACAUCAAACAUCUGGAAGCUGUACUCAAGAACGAGGAGCACAUUUUUAAAUGUAACUGCUUCGAAGGAUUUGCCGAAGAAUCGGAAGGGCAUGUGCAGAUUGACGUGAACGUGAGAAAUGUUGAACAACGAUUCAUCGAGAACCAACUCAAAUAUUCUUAG